GCGAAAGUAUAAGUACUCGAGCUUCCUCCAUACCGCUUGCCAUUGGUAGUACUGAUAGUACUACACAGCCCUUGGUAGCAUGCAUGGUAGGGGCCCUAUCACUUGUAGCUUUAGAAGAACCAAAACGAAGUUGCCCUCGUGGAGAUGAGGCUCUAAUUGGCACACCUGCAAAGGCAUUAACAACAGUAGAAUCAAGUAAUUCCCGGAUGAAGCGCUUAACCCAAGAGAGGACUGAUAAUGCCCAAAGACCAGAAGGAAAUCGGCUCGAGGUGCUGGAUGAUACAAUUAUGUCAAAGGGUAGUUCUUUUCAUCAUCAGAGGAUAACCAAGCCAAAUGAAACACCAGGCUUGCUUAAACAUGGACGUUAUCUCUUAGAUAAUCUCGCACAUCUAGGGCAUCAUCGAGAAGAUCGUUCACCUCAAAAUACCAACAUGGAUCUGCAAAGUUUGCAAGCUGAUACUGAGUAUCGUAUAACGGUAGUUAAAUCGUCUACUUCACUAGAAUAUGGAGGGGAUCGAAGACAAACAAGGGAUCGAAGAUCAACUGCCCCAGGAUGUAGUCUACAUCCCAAUAAAGAAACUAUAGGAACAAGUCUAACUUCGUUGGGUAUGUUACUAAACAGUAACUUGGGAAUUUAUGUCAGUCAUCAUAAGACAGAGACUGUCAAGUAG